GUUCUGUCCAGAAGGGGGACAGGAAGGGGACAGAACAUCAUGGACAUCCUAGAACUUGUUUUGGGCAUUGUUUGGUCUUACUAGGAGUUGGCUUAGGAACUGGGGCGUCUGCGAUAGAGGAAAAUCUGGCUGUUCCCCAGUUUGGCCAGGUCAGAAGUAUUGUUUCCACUGGGUGGCUGCAUUGGGUCAGGAAGGGCAAGGGAAUUGUUCUAGUUGUUUGUCAGUCAAUUGAGGAGACAAAGGCCACCAGUGCCGCUUCCUCAGGAAAAGGGUGGGUACUGGGGAGGUUAGUGGUGCGUGUGCCUGGGUCUGCUUGUCAGCCAGAGGUGUUUUGGUUGAAAUAAGAAAGCGAAAGCUCACAAAAGCCGGAAAGCCCUUCUGUUCCCAAAGCUGCUUCUUAUCAGGAUGGAAAGGCCCAGCCCCGAGUCCACCCAAACCAUUCCCGGCGCAGGGCAGCGAAGAAGCAGAAAGAUCCCGACAUGGCCACGACAUCCUGGGGUAGCGCCAUAGCGAGGUUUGGGACGGUGCUAGCAACGUACCUCAAGCACCACAGCAAGUUGGGCUGUGGGCUGGCGUCCCUGCUGACAGCGAGUGGGGAGCUCAUCUUCUCCACCGUGGUGUUCCAGUGUCCCUGCAGCGCCGCCUGGAACCUGCCCUACAGCCUGGUCUUCCUGCUGCUGCCGGCGCUGGUGUUCUAUCUCCUGGGCUGCGUGCUGAGGACGCGCUCCUUGUGCCUGCUGUGCAGCUGCUGUCGCACACGGAACGCCGGCAUUAACCGCUGCGACCUAUGCGACGAGUGCUGCAGGGUCAGCGGGCCCGCCGUGGUCUCGUCCGUCACCUGGGUGGCCGUGGCGCUGCUCGGGGGAGCCGUCUACGAGUGCUGCGCCAGCGGGUCGACCUUCAAGGCGGAUAGGCUCUGCGUUGGCCGCAACUCCAGCUGUGCGGCCCAGCUGCCGCUGGUGCCCUGCCGACAGGCACAGGACCCCUUGGUGCAGGACCUCCAGAAGGUGCUCAGAGCCGAAUCUCAGGUGGUGGGCUGGAGCCUGAUAGCAGCUGUUAUCCUUCUCUUUCUGAUUUUUACCUGUGUCUCCCACCACCGAGCUGGAGGUAGUUCCCUGCAGCUGAAAUUUUGGAAAAUCUAUUCGGAAGAGGAGCACCAGUGCCUUAGGACGCAAGUCACAGAGCGUGCGACCAAAUUGGCAGACGAGAAUGUUAGAUGUUUCUUUGAGGGCUCACGGCCAACGGGAUGCAACAUCCCAAGCAUGGAACGCUGGCAGGAAAUUUCAUCACCAUAUCCUUUCAACCCGGAGGACAAGUACCUCAGCGCAUUGCACAGAUCUGUUAACGAAAUACAGAACAGGCAUACUAUGAAGUCUCCUUCAGGAGAUGAAAUGCCUUGCGGUAAUGUCAGCUCUGCUUCAGGAGAUGCAAUGCCUCUGGGUAAUGUCAGCUCUCCUUCAGGAGGUGAAGUGGUUCGUACUCUUUGCUCUGAUUCAUCUAAUGUGGAGGGCACUGAUGAGUUAUGACCUUAUUAAUGAAUAAGAAAAAAAUUUGUGAUACUUACCUGGCCGGGGAGAUACCAUGAUCCCAAAGGUGGUUUGCCCAGGGCGAGGCUUAGCCAUUGUACUCCAGAUGUGCGGACCACUGCGAUUUCCCCAAAUGUGUGUUUCUGGUAAUCAUGGACCUUUCUCGUGGGGCGUUUGUUUUUGUUUUCAUAAUAAAAGCAA